AUGGCUUGUGCCAAAGCAAUCCAAAAUGAAAACUUGGAGCUCGCGGGUGCUCUCGUCAAGAUCAUCAAUUUACUCGCGGCGUCUCAAGCUAGUGCUAUGAGAAAAGUCGCUACUUAUUUUGCUGAAGCUCUAGCUUUUCGAAUUUACAGACUUUACCCACAAGAUUUCCUCGAUGCUUCCAUGCUCAAUAUGUUGCAGAUGCACUUUUACGAGACCUGUCCUCACCUCAAAUUUGCUCACUUCACAGCUAACCAAGCGAUACUCCAGGCAUUCACUACUGCUAGCAGCAUACACGUUAUCGAUUUUUGGUUGAAGCAAGGGAUGCAAUGGCCAGCACUAAUACAAGCGCUUGCAUUAAGGCCUGGUGGGCCACUGGUUUGUCGAUUAACUGAAAUUGGCCCAUCUCAAUCGGAUAACACCGAUGCUUUACAGCAAGUGGGUUUGAAGUUGACGCAAUUGGCCGAAACUAUUGGCAUCCAGCCGAGGUUGUUACUGUGA